AAUCUUAACAGUCUACACUAGUCGGCUAGUCCUACUACUCAACUGUGUACUGUACUGUCAUAGCUAAUAGCUUCCAACUUUCACACUCUUUCUUUCACAGAUCCACAAACACACACCUUCUACUAUUUUCUCUCUCCUCUCAACGACGAUGAAGGUGAUGAAGUUCAUCGCAGCUUCAUCAUUGUUAAUGGCGCUAAUUCUAUGCUCCAUUUUCAACAUUGAAGCGUCGGUGCACGAGUAUAAAAGCCAGAAAUUCGUAGCUAAAGGAAAUUCCUUCGUCGUUCAUGGCGGAAGUGAAGGAAUCUUCGCUCCUUCUAAUGAUUCUCCCGGCGAUUCCUUUAUUCGAUUUGAGAAGAUUACACUUCGAAGGCCCAAGUUGUCCUCUAACUUUAGCUCAAGGGUCCAUGCCAUACUUUUUGAGGUAGAUGACAGAGAAACAAUCGGUGGUUCUGCAUAUGGAGGCCAGAGAGCUGUUUGCUGCACCCCAGAUCUCGCAAAACUUGGUGUCUGCAAACAGGGAGAUAUUAUUUACCGACAAUCCACCAAAAAUCCUGACUGGCCACAAGUCUACGGUGUCUCAUUUCAGGUUGAUGAAUUGGAAGCAACUUUCUCAUCUAGAUCAAUCCGGAUUACAAAAACUGGGAUGUACAACUUAUAUUUUAUUCAUUGUGAUCCAAAUCUUAAAGAUGUGGUUGUAGAGGGAAAAACCAUUUGGAAAGACCCUACUGGUUAUUUACCUGGUAGAAUGGCUCCAUUUAUGAAAUUCUAUGGGUACAUGUCCCUUGCAUUUGUGGUUCUUGGGAUCUAUUGGUUCAGUCAAUAUUCAAGAUUUUGGAAAGAAGUUAUUCCCUUGCAGAACGGCAUAACACUUGUUAUAACAUUGGGCAUGUUUGAGAUGGCCUUCUGGUACUUUGACUAUGCGGAGUUCAACAAAACUGGAGUAAGGCCAGUUGGCAUUACUGUAUGGGCAGUAACCUUUGGUAUAAUCAAACGUACUGUUUCAAGAUUAAUUAUUCUGAUGGUUUCUAUGGGCUACGGAGUUGUAAGACCUACUCUUGGUGGUAUCACGUCCAAAGUUAUUAUGCUUGGAGGAACCUUCUUUCUUGCAUCGGAGGUCCUUGAAUUGGUGGAAAAUGUUGGUACCAUCAGUGAUCUUUCUGGGAAAGCUAGACUGUUUAUGGUUCUGCCAGUGGCAUUGUUGGAUGCUUUCUUCAUUUUAUGGACAUUCAACUCGCUUUCUGCUACUUUAAAUAAGCUCCAGGCUCGUCGGAUGAAUGCUAAAUUGGAUAUCUACCGGAAGUUCACUAAUGCAUUGGUAGUGGCUGUUGUUGUGUCAGCGGGUUGGAUAUUCUACGAGUUAUAUAUUGAGGCAAAUGACAUAUACAAUGAGAAUUGGCAAAAUGCGUGGAUCAUUCCGGCAUUCUGGCAGGCUCUUUCGUUCUCUUUACUAUCCGUAAUCUGCAUCCUCUGGGCGCCAUCCCAAAACUCAACAAGGUAUGCUUACUCAGGAGAUGAAGAUUUUGAUAGAGAUGACACACUAACACUCAUAAAGCCAGCCCCAAUCCCCUCAAGUGAUAUCCGAAUCCCCUCUGAGCCCCGUCCAUUGAAAGGUAGCAUUGAGCUAUCUAACGAUGACUCAGAAGAAGAGAAGACUGCCUAAACCUUGUACUCUCGUAAAAGUUUCAUCGCGAAAAGUUCAUAUCCUGCAUCUGGCCUUUCAAAGAUACCAUUGACCUAGUGAUGCUUUUAUGCCUUCUAAACAAAUGAUUUACACAGAAGAGGUCAUCAAAGCUUCAGAGUUGCAUGGGAGCAAAACAUCCUCUGUUUGGGUUAUUCUGUUAUAAUAGUAGUUAUUCGUUCCACUUUGAAAAUGAUAGAAGGGAUCAACCCUAGCAUUUCCUUAGUCUGUAGUUACUAGUUAUAGUGUUUUGUUCUUAUUAUGCAUAUAGAUUUUGUGCCCAUUCUUGUUUUUUUCUUCUUUCUCCAUUUUUCAUAACUCGUUAAUUGAUUGUCUUUUAAGUUGUUCAUAACCAAGUACAUUUUGUUAGGUAAAGGCACUUUUGCUGGAAACAUGCUCAAUUGAUACGUGUUUGUGAGUUGUCACGUACUCACAUUCACAUAAAUGUGUCUA